AUGCUGUCGCGUUACGCUCUUUCAGCAGCGGCACUGCUGGUGUCGCUUGCUCCGCCUACGCUCGCGCAAGUUUCAACCAAAUGCAACCCGAUGAACACGACCUGUCCUGCCGACCCUGCUUUCGGUAUGGACUACAGCUUCAACUUCAACUCCACGCCAUCGAGCGAUGCCUGGGAGACGACCGUCGGACCGGUCACGUACACCACUGAUAAUGGUGCCGAAUUCACGAUCAGCAAGCAGGGCGACUCCCCCACUAUUCGAACAAAGUUCUACUUCUUCUGGGGCCGCACCGAGGUUCAUCUGAGAGCCGCCAAGGGCAAGGGAAUCGUGAGCUCCAUGAUGUGGCUAAGCGAUACGUUGGAUGAGGUCGAUUGGGAGUUCCUUGGCAUCAACAACAAUGCUCUAAGUAACUACUUUGGCAAGGGCGUCGAGGACUGGCAUAAUGGCGGUGAGCAUCCGGUGACAGGAAGCAUUAACGAUGACUUCCACAAUUACACCUGCGUCUGGACAAAGGAGAAGCUCGAGUGGUGGAUCGAUGGAAACAACGUGCGGACUCUUUUCCCAAAGGACGCCAACAACUCCUUGGCUUACCCCCAGACGCCUAUGCGCUUGAGUCUUGGUAUUUGGGCUGGUGGUGACCCCCGGAUGGCCAAGGGAACCCAGGAAUGGGCUGGAGGUGAAACUGACUAUGCUGCCGGUCCCUACACUAUGUACGUCAAGUCUGCGCAAGUGACAGACUACAGCUCAGGAAAGGAGUACUCUUUCGGGGAUAAGACGGGCUCGUGGGAGAGCAUCAAGAUUGCCGAGGGUAAUUCAACCGUCAAAGAAGCGCUCCUGGCGGAACCUAGCAAGUCCGUUAGCGAAAAGUUUAACGAACUUAACCCGACCGCAAAGACCGCUGUGUAUGCCGGAGGCGUCGGCGUCGGCUGUGCUCUUAUUGCCUUCGGUCUUUGGUACUUCAUCCGCCAGCGCAGGCGCGGUGCUGCCGAGGCGGCCCUUGCCGCUCAAAGGGCCGAGAAUGAGCGCCUAGAGCUCGAAGGGUUCCACAAGCGCGGUGUUGAUCCCGACUCCUUUGCUGGAUCGACGGGCACCGAGUACAACGCCGCAGAAUUCAGCAAGAGCGGGAUGGUUCAGGAGAAUACCUACAGCGUCCCCGCAACCCAAGAGAAGACCGUUUGGGAUUCCGCUCCAAUGGCUGCGGGCGCGGCCGGUGCCGGUGCCGGCGCCGCAGCUGGCAUGGCCGCAUACAGCGACUCGCCCAACGGUCGCGGACAACCAUUGUCUCCGUUACAGACACAAAGUCCUGGCAUGCCCCCUUCGGGCCCGCUUCCCGUGGCUCCGAGCCGUAGCGCCUCUCAGGGUGGUUACUCCAGGAUCGGGUCGCCUCACGAUCAACACAGCCCUCCGCCCAUGAGCCCGCCCUCUCACGGCUACAGCGAUCAUAGCUUCGGCAACCAGCAAGGUUAUGGUAAUGGAGGCUACGGAGGUGCGAACCAAGGCUACUGGAAUAAUGGAGGCUCCCAGGGCGGUUUCCGAUAA